UCGUGCUGUCCCUUCCCCAUAUCUUUUAAUAUCCAACUUAGCCUUGAAUCCAUGAGCCUUGAAUGUGUGUGUGUGUAUGUGUGUGUGUGUGUGUGUGUGUGUGUGUGUGUGUGUGUGUGUGUGUGUGUGUGUGUGUGUGUGUGGCCAGCGGGAGUCGUAUGGGAAGCCGUCUGGAUUUUGUUCCGGGAAGGGACUCGACAGCAAUAAUCCGGAACAGAAACAAACUUUGUGCCGGUCAGCAAAGCCGUGGCCUCCGCAAAGCGAAGAGAGAGCGAAACGACUGAGGACAUUACGAGGAAGCCAGGCGUCGCCAGCAGCAGUGGGAGAGAGUGCCACGCUCACCACUCCCUGUCCCCGCCCCUCCCCCCUCCGCCAAGCCGUGACCUGCUCCGCCACCAUGGAGCGUCACCUGGGCUGGGUCGGCCUCACCUUGCUGCUCCUGACCCCUCAAGGGUUAUCCGAAAGUUACUUCGACUUGUAUGACUACUACUAUGACUACAGCCACGGGGAGGUGGAUGAAUCGGUGCCCGCCUUCACGGCCCGCCCGCAGACCUUCACGGUAGAGGUGGGACAGUCCGUCAUGAUUCCUUGCGAUGUGGAUGACCUUGGCCACCACAAGCUCAUCAUUAAGAAGAAACCGGCACUGGGGGGCAAAGAGCGGCUCCUGUCGGUGGGGAGUGAGAAGGUGACGAGGGACAGACGCCUCAUCAUAGAAGGCACGCGACUCACCAUAUCUCACGCCAGGCCCAGAGAUGCCGGCAGCUACGUCUGCCUCUUCGACGUGGAGCCGUCAGUGAUGCUCAAGCACACCCUCGACGUGCAAUUCCCGCCCUCCAUCAGGUCCCUCGCGCCCCCAGAGCAGCACGUCCCUAGGGGCAAGGAUGUCACGCUGGAGUGUCGCGCCCACGGCAACCCAGAGCCUGUAAUCCGCUGGUCCCGUCAGGAGGGUCUGCUGCCUUCCGGCCUAACUACCCACGAGGGCAAGACUUUGUACCUGAAGGGAGUGGACAGACACGUGGAGGGAACGUACCUGUGCACGGCGGACAACGGGGUGGGAGAGUCCUCCUCGGCAGCCAUGACCAUCACCGUGGAGUACCCGCCAGAGGUCAACGUCGAAAGGGCUGUGGUGCGCAGCGGGGACGGUGACCACGUGGAAUUGGCUUGUGUGGUGCACGGGCGACCUUCCCCUGACGUGAUCUGGACGCUUGAUGGACAUCCCCUGCCAAGCUCCCUCAUGAACACACAGCGACACAUGCCUCAGACUGUGAAAGAGGGACACAUCAGCCUCACGCACGUCGCCCACCGCCACACGCUUACCAUAACCAAUGUUUCUGAAAAGGACUUCGGGACGUACGUGUGCAUAGCGGAGAACCCACACGGCCAGAAGGAUGCCGUGAUACAGGUGACAGGCCUUCCCAAGCCCCCUGUGCUCACCAGCAGCCCCAUAGGAGGCGAGAGCACCUCGUACACCCUCACGUGGGAGACGGAGAGCUACUACUCCAUUACCGAGUUCCUCAUUAAGUACCGCAGGGCUCACCUCGGAGCCUGGCAGCCCAAUCACACUGUGGUGAUGGCCGGGGCGUGGGAGAGUGUAUCGAGGAAAGUGGAGCCAGGAAGCUGGUCUCGCGGGGCGCGGCAGACCCUGAGCUACACUCUGCGAGGACUGGAGACGGCGACUGACUACGUGACGGUGGUGAGGGUUCGCAACAGAUACGGCUGGUCAUCGGAGAGCGACCAUUUCCACUUCUCCACCAAGAAAGCCAUGGCGGUGCUGCAGUCCACGAGCGGCGGCCGCGGCGGGGCAGGAGUGGCAGCGCCAGGGAUGCUGCUAUUAGUCUGUCUGUCGGCUUUCCUCCUUCUUAGAGAAAACUAGUUUAUUGUGCUUUACUUUUACUUUUUUUUGUAUUUCCUUGGUAUUUUGGUGGAUGGCCAAAAUGACCUUAAGAAUAUUUUUUUUUUCUUCACAAAUUUAAUGAAGAUUAGUGUUAACAAGGAUAAGAUUCUUAGUACUGCUAAGUUGUGUCAAACUUCGCUGUUGUGAGAAGCGUGAGGUAUGCUAGCCGUGUGUAAGGCGUGAGAGUGCUGCUGAGUGAAGACGAGGAUGUGGUCUGUAAGACAACGCCGUGGAGAGAACUUUGUGUUGCACUGACCACGUUGUAUUGCGGUGGAUGGACGGAUAAAUGGAUGGUCGCUAAGUGCACCCCACCUCUCCGGCGUGAUGGUCCUUGUAUCUUUUGUAUAAAGUUGUAAAUCAUUCCAUCUCUUAGUUCUCUACUUGGAAUACAAAUAAGUGUGUUUUGUGAGGGUCAAUUAACUUAAUCAGUAAGAAAGUGAACGUGACAAACUGAAUGAGUGUUUUAUCAAAUAUAUUUUUAACCAUUUAUUAUACCGUUGGACUCGUUCGGGAAAUAAAGUUGUACAUAAUAAAGUAUUCGCAAUCCAUUACUGGUGAGUAAAUGAGUUCCCAGCGCUGGUCAUACUGCCAGUUAUUUGCACCUUGAUGGCCGAAUAUUUUUUGUUUCCAUGUCACCAUUAUUUUAUUUUUAUAACGUUGUAGCUUGAUCAGUCCAUAACCUACAUGUAUUUUGCUAUUUUAUGAUAGUGUUUCAAGUUAGUAAUCCCUUACCAUCUAAAAUGAUGCAGUGUUGUGCCGGGGCUUGUGGCGCUUCCAGGCUGUGUCGUUUUGUAAUGCUGACAUUUAUGUGGAGCAACAAAGGAGAGAAACCCGCUGCGUUAUUAUAUUUCCAUAAAACUACGUGCAGGGUGCCCCGUCAGAUUCGCUCACAGGUGUCUCUGCUUAAUUAAGCGAUGUUAAUGUUUCGUGCAUGGAAUAGAUCAUAACAGGGUUUGUGCAUGAUAUCUUGGCAAAUGAUCGAUAACAGAAGUAACAUCAGAUCGUGCUGCCGCUGAUGUAGUGACGAACUAGUCCAUCGAGUUUCAGUGUUGCAACAUUCCUGUGAAGUGAGGUAGUUUACACCUGUCAUUUUUAUGCUACUUCCUUAACACACCACGUGGAGAUUACUUUUAUAUAUACAAUAUACAGUUUACUGAAUGUGCUGUAAAUAAAUGUCUUUUUUGAAU